UCACUCACCUCUUUCACUAUAAACACUUUGGUUUAGGACUCUCUCUCCUAAAAACAAACACAAAUUCUCUCCUUCUCUUGCAGGUGAAGAAAAACAGAGCACUCUGUGUUUUCAAUUUCGGAAUGGCCAUCGAAAAUCAAGAAACCACAGUUCGUGAAAUCAAGCCCAAGAACAGGAGAAUCAUGGGAGCUGGUGGUCCUGAUGAUGAUGACAAUCGCUGGCCGCCAUGGCUGAAGCCUCUCUUGAGAGAGCAUUUCUUUGUUCAAUGCAAGUUUCAUGCUGAUUCUCACAAGAGUGAGUGCAAUAUGUACUGUUUGGAUUGUAUGAAUGGGGCUCUCUGUUCUCUCUGCCUUGGUCAUCACAGGGAACAUCGCGCUAUUCAGAUAAGGAGGUCCUCAUACCAUGAUGUGAUCAGGGUAUCUGAAAUACAGAAGGUGCUGGAUAUAUCUGGAGUCCAAACAUAUGUCAUUAACAGUGCCAAAGUCGUCUUCUUGAACGAGCGACCACAGCCAAGGCCCGGCAAAGGUGUCACCAAUACCUGCGAGGUCUGUGACCGUAGCCUUGUGGAUUCCUUCCGCUUCUGCUCUCUUGGAUGCAAGAUUGCUGGAACAUCAAAGAAUUUCCAAAAGAAGAAGAGGCACCAGCACCUCAUGACAUCAGACUCUGAGGACUCAUACAGCAGCAGCAGCCAUGGCAAGGUGAAAAACAACAACACCACCAACAAAAUGCAGAGCUUCAGUCCCUCAACACCCCCUCCAACCUCAGUCAAUCACCGAAGUGCCAAGCGCAGAAAGGGAAUUCCCCACAGAGCACCCAUGGGAGGACUAAUCAUAGAGUAUUAGUGAGCCAAGUAGUGUCUCUCAUGUUUUAUCAACAUAUACUGAGUAGCACUCUAAUAUUUGUACAUACAAUAGACAAAUGGGAGAAAAAAAAAGAAAAAAAAGAAGGGGGCAAAUGUGGGGAAUAAGCCAAAAUGUGAAGGACUCUAUGGCAAUAAGAUAUACUAGUAAAAUAUAGGGUGCUUUCUAGUUCUCUAGAGUGGAAUUAUACAUAAGUUUUGCACAGAUUGUAAAUAGGGGUUUUGAUGGUUAGGGGAAGAAAGAAGUGGGAUGAAUCAAUGAAUGUUUAUAAAUAUAUGGAUGGAAUGGAAAAUAAGGUGUUUUUAUUUACUGUCUUUUUGUAUCAAGAGUUUGUGUGUGAUUUGAUUUUGCUUUCUAUUUUUAGAAGGAAGAAAAAUAUCAAUAUAAUUUUCUUUGACUUUUUGAUGAGCAGAUCUUCUCGGGAUCAGUUAAGUUUUCAGUUGGCUUAAUAAAUGGGAAUAAAGAAUCAGUUGUUUUUUCAAGCCAAACCCUAUUCAUCCAUUCAUUGCUUCGCUUGUAAGGAAAACAGAGCCCUGUUAAAUCUCAAGACAAGGGGAGCAAAAUGGAGCAGAUGGUAAGGCAGAAAAAUUAAAUUCAGGACCUGAAGUCAACUCUAACUUUAGUUAUGGGGUGAUCAAAAGUCAGAAGUACUUUGGUUCUUCAUAAAGAAGAGUGAGGUAGUUUCCUAGGUAAAAAUGUUUGAUAAAUUCUUUGAUUGAAG